AAUCCGAUGUCAAAAAUAUAGAUUUUAUUUCAUUUUUAAAAGUUGUAAGUAAUAAAUAUGAAUUUUCACACGUUGGGAUUUACUCACUUUUACGGUAUUAACGGAAACAAUAUGAAAAGAUUACUAUAAUGCGAAAAUAUGACAAAAAGCCAAGUCGAAACAUCAUACCGAAAUGAACAACCUAUUGUAGAUAAUCAAAAGGUUCUAAAUCAAAAGAUGAUAUUUACUGGAAGUCGAAUGAAAAAAUUAACAAGAAACCGCAUAAUAGGCAACAUAAAUUGAGGUUCACCUAACAUACCAAUAAACAAUAACCGAUCAACGGCCAAUAGGAGCGCGCUCGGUAUUGCCGCCGCCGCCACAGCGACCACUGUAGUGUUACUGUACAAGUCUUUAUGUAACGGUCGUCGCGUAGUAGCUGUGAAAAGUUUGCCGAGUCUAAAAUGCAAUACUUUUUCCGGACCUAAAAGUUAACUAUCGACUUGUCGGACAUUGUCAUCUCCGUACGAUGGCGGCGGCUGCCAACUCUACUGCGACCCGCAACGACACAUCAGAAAUGAACUUUGAUAAUAAUGCGGGCAGAGGAGGAGCCGCUGGCCAAGGAGUGUUGGAAGGAAAAAGCGGAAGUGGCUUUUUUGGUAUAUCCGCUAGAAAGUUUUUUUUCCCACGUGAAUUUUUUCGUCGAUCUCAAGUAUCAGUUGAUGAUGAAAUAGAUGAAUAUGACUAUGAUGAAGACGAUGGUGGCGGUGACGAAGAUGACGAAGAGAAGCAAGUGCGAAUAUCCAUGUUGCAAAAGUCUAGUACCCCCGUAUACGCUAAAAAAAACACAGAAGUACUUGGAUUCGAUGAUGGUCAUAUAGUAAGUAUAAUAAAGGAACGAACUGUUGAUUGCAUUGGAGGAGAUCCUCUAAGAGAAACAUGGGAAAGGAAUGCAGAUUUCUUACUAUCUAUCAUUGGAUUUGCAGUUGAUUUAGCCAAUAUUUGGCGGUUUCCCUAUUUGUGCUAUCGAAAUGGUGGUGGUGCGUUUUUGAUACCAUAUGCAUUAAUGUUAAUAUUCGGAGCCGUUCCUUUGUUUUACAUGGAACUUAUAUUAGGACAAUACAACAGACAAGGACCUGUCUCCGUUUGGACAAAAAUAUGUCCAUUGUUUAAAGGAGUAGGAUUUUGUGCAGUACUCGUAGCUUUUUACGUAUCAUUUUAUUAUAACGUCAUCAUUGGAUGGUCUUUAUACUUUUUGGCAAUGUCCGUAAAUUCUCCGACUUCACUUCCGUGGGUUCACUGUAACAACACCUGGAAUACUAUCAAUUGUAUUGAUCGCAAUGUAAAUUUAUCAUUGAUAGGAAAUAGUACUUUACAAGAUGACACAAUUUCACCAGCCGCUGAAUAUUUCCACCGUGGAGUGCUAGAAAUGAGUGAGAAUGGUUUGGAUAAUGGACUUAUGGGUUGGCCUAAGUGGCAACUGGCCAUUUGUGUAUUUAUAGUAUAUGUUAUGCUCUAUCUAAGUCUCUUUAAAGGAGUUAAAUCAUCAGGAAUUGUUGUUUGGGGAACUGCUACGUUACCUUACUUAGUGUUGACCAUACUUUUGAUACGUGGAUUAAUGUUACCCGGUUCUCUUACUGGUAUCGCCUACUAUUUGAAACCAGAACUUGGUCGUCUGCUAGAUACACAAGUAUGGGUGGAUGCAGCAGUGCAGAUAUUCUAUUCGGUUGGCGCUGGAUUUGGAGUUCAUUUAUCUUACGCAUCAUAUAACAACAUUAAGAAUAAUUGUUAUACAGACUGUUUAAUUACAACGGCCGUAAAUUGUUUUACUAGUUUCUUUUCUGGAUUUGUCAUAUUUACCUAUUUAGGAUACAUGUCACAUCAACAACAAAAACCAAUUAGUUCAGUUGCUACUGAAGGUCCUGGACUUGUAUUCCAAGUUUAUCCUGAAGCUGUAGCUACGUUACCAGGGUCAUGUAUUUGGGCAGUACUCUUUUUUUUUAUGGCUAUCACUUUAGGAAUCGAUUCAGCAAUGGGUGGUCUUGAAUGUGUUAUUACCGGAUUGAUGGACGAGUUCCCAAGAUUUUUCAAGCAUGCAGGGGAGAAAUAUGGAAAUUUGAAGAAAAGUACGUGGAUAUGUUGGUCGCGUGAACAGUUCACAUUUUUAAUUAUAGCGAUGUCAUUCUGCGUUGCUCUCAUCAACGUCACACCCAGUGGAAUAUAUAUUCUUCAUCUGCUGGAUACAUAUGCUGCUGGUAUAUCUUUACUUUGUAGUGCGUUGUUUGAAUGUGUUGCCGUUUCGUGGUUUUAUGGACUUGAAAAAUUUUCAAAAGAUGUUGAAGAAAUGUACGGUCAUCGUCCAGGACCAUAUUGGCGCAUUUGUUGGAAGUUUCUCAGUCCUCUUUUCAUACUCAGCGUUGUGUGUUUUGCGGUAGCUGAUCAUCAAACAUUGAAAUAUAAUGGUUACAAGUAUCCAGUGUGGGCUGAAUAUAUCGGAUGGAGUCUUACUCUUAGUUCAAUUUUAAUGAUACCUAUAGUUGGAGCUUUUCAACUGUAUAAAGCACCAUGUUCAUCAUUCAAAGACAAAUUAGCAUACACAAUAACGCCUAAGGCCGAGUUGGAACUAAGACAAAUAGAAUACAAUAACGCCAGAGAUCCUGGAGGGGUUACCCGAUUCAAGCUUCGACAUUGGUUGUAUGUUUAGUUGUUUGGUAAUUAUUAUUGAUUAAUUGUAAUAACAUUCAAUGACGGAUCAAGAAAUUUGAAUGAUGAUUUAAAGAGUUCUACAUGUGUUUAUCAUGUAUGUAUGGCUUACAUACAAAAACCAAUGACAAAUGCGUGGCAAUAAUGUUUUGUUGAGUUGAAUUUUCCUUCUCAUUUGUAUUAUAUUUUCUUUAACAAAAUUUUUGUACUUGAUUUAUCGAAUAAAAAAAAAAUUGAAGUUACCUAAGAAUUUUAUGCUGUGUUUAUUUAAGAAUUGUUAUUAAUUAUAAUCGUUAUUUUAUUAGCCAUUUAAUUUAUUUUUCUAAAAAUGGUAACUUUUUAAGAUUUCAAUCGUUUUAAACUAUUACUCUGAUAGCAUUAAAAAAAUAAUAAUGUUACAAUAAUGUUUUUAUAUCAUUGUUUUUAAAAAUUCUAUUUGGGUAUUGUUUAUUUAGUCAAAAACUAUUAAUAAUUUUUUUUAUCAGUUAUGAUUACAACUUUAAGAUAUUAUUUAUAAUUAGAAUAUCGAAAACGGCUUGAUUAAUGUGUUCAAUUAGUAUUUGAGAAUUUCCAUUUUUUUAUAGGAAAUUUUGAAUUAAAAUUAUGCAUUAUUAUAGUGUUAUAAAAUAUACUUUCUGUAAAUUAUUUAUAGCUAUUAAAAUUACAAAAUUAUAAAUUAUAUUAAACUUAUUAAAAUUAAGAACUUUUAUAACUCGUUAAUAAAAUAUAAACUUGUUUAUUUUUAUUAAGUAAUUAACAUCAAAAUAUUAUCAAUUUGAAAAAUCAAACUAUUCAUAUGAUACAAUAUCAUAUCUUAGAGAAAUCUUGAUUGUCAAUGCUUUUUAAAAUAAAUUUGAAAUGCUUAUAUUAGUGAAAUGUUUAUAUACUGAAUAUUUUAGAGUUUAUGUUAUAUAAUGUUUGAUAGCAAGAAAUUAGUACUCAUGUUUAUUUAAUUAUUCUUUAGAAUAAAUGAAUUUUAUAUUUUUGUUCAUAAAUUAUAUUCUACUAUUAUGUUAACACUUAAAUUAUUCUAUAUAGUCAUAAAAUUAUUAUAUAAAACAAUUAUCUUCUUCAUAAAAAAAAUAUUUAUAUUACAUGUACUUACCAAUCUCAAUUUAUUCCUAUAUUAUGCAUUUAGUUUUGAAAAGAAAUUGUAAUAGUUUCAUCACUUAUGUAUUUUUGAUUUAUUUUAUUAUAUAUGUUAUCUUAGGAAGGUAAAAGUUAGUAUGAUAUUUUUUUUAUUUUUUGUAGUUUUAUGUUUUAAAAUAUAUCAUACAUAAAACUGCAAGGUAUAAUAUUUUUCAACAUUUUAAUUGCAUUAUUAUUAAUUAUUAUAACUUAGCAAACGAUAAUAUGUUAUUUUUACUAAUUAUAAUCGUAAUACCUUAGUAGUGUACCCAGGAUUUUUCAAUGGAGAGGAGGUGCUAAUACUAAAAAAAAAUUUUCUAACUUUUUUAAGUUAUUUUUACCUAAAAUAUUGUUUUAACACGGCCAAUGGAGAGAACAUAGCUCUUUAAGUCCUUUUGGAUACGCCACAAGUUUAAUAAAACUAUUUUUUCAAAAUUGUAAAAAACGUAUAAACUUCUGCCAUCCUAUCACACAGGAAAAAAUAUUGCAAUUGAUUUAACUUGAAUUGAUGUUGUUAAAUUUAUGUUACAUUAAGAAUUCAAUAGAACGUUAUUUUAAUAUAAUAAAAUAUUUUAUUUUAUUUAAAACUACAUUCCAUUGAAUUUAUAAUGUAAAGUAAAUAUAUUAAUAGUAAUUAUAUCAACACUAAUAUUUCCUUCCUUGUACAGAUGUAUUAUUAAGGAAUAUUUAUGAAAGUUAAUUUAGAUAAAUUAAACUUACUGUAGUGUCAUCUAGUCACUUUAGAUGAACUUAGUUGGCAAUAGAAUUAGUUAUGUAUCAAAUCAAUAACAGAAAAGAUAAUUAAGUUAGGAUUAUAAUUCUAACUUAUUAUAUUCAUUACAUUAUAGAUAAUUAACAUAGUAUUAAGUCGUUGUUGUAUUGUUAUGACCAAAUGAAAUAAAAAAAUAUUCUAAAAUAUA